GGUGACGCUACGGGUUCCUCGUUGACAACCGGCGAAAAUUGCGUACGAGAGUAUGACGGGCGUAUUCAUCGUUGUCGUACGGGUACUCUACUGAUACAACUCUUCUGCUAGUGACAGUCAGAGAGAAUCCUACGUCAAUUAUACUCAUAAUCGUCCGUCCUACUUUACAGCUCCUCCGACCGAGCCGCAGACCUCUCUACGUCUGCGGUAAUGGUACGUUACUCGCUCUGCUCUUCAAGGCUGCUAAAGUCACCUUCACCAGAGGAAGACGUAAGGGCGGAUCGGACAGCGUCACCACCUUGUAUAUCAGCUCCAUGCCUUUCUUGAUAUCCUGCUCUCCCGGCAGAGGAUCUGACACCGCGAAUACGACGCGGGCAAUGUUACCAGGCAGGUCGAGCUUGGUGUACGCUGAUUGGGGUUCCACGAUGACUGCAUUUUUGCGCAUGGAUGUGUCAAAAUGAAUAGCCUAGAUGAGGAGCCAUUAUGCUCGGGGAUUCCGGGCUUCUCAGAUCUCAGUGCUCGGGCGGCGGCGCCGCCCACAGGGCGCUGAUCGAGAUGAAAGACUCCUAAGCUUCCGCGCCCUCGGAUGUUCCUGUAUAGCACCAACUAGUCGUCUGGUAUGUUCAUUGCCACUUACUAGGAGCCCGCUACAACCUCGGGCGAUGGCAGCGUGGUACUUGUGCAAGAGGUAAUGAUAGG